UGGCGUCCGGAGGUGGAUCAUAAGGUCGGAGCCCCCUCGGCCAAUGAGCAACAAUCUCGGGACUCGGCGCUAGCAAUCCGUCACACUUCCAACCUCCGCCCGUUCAAACACCACUUGUUAUCUCGCCAAACAUGGUCGAUUUUGACGGCGCUGGUCAAGCGUUUCUGGCCUGGCUGCGGCAGUCCGGAGCCGAUAUCAGCCCGAAGAUUCGACUCGAAGACCUUCGACAUGCGCAAGCUGGGCGAGGUGUUGUCGCUACGCAACAUGUUGCUGAGCACGAGCUCCUCUUCCGCAUUCCCCGCUCGACAAUUCUCAGCGUCGAGAACUCGAUUCUGUCCAAGGAGAUUCCGGUCGCUACCUUCGAAACCUUGGGCCCAUGGCUCUCUCUCAUCCUUGUCAUGCUCUACGAGCACCUCAACGGUGAUGCUUCCUACUGGGCCGCGUACUUCUCAGUCCUGCCCACCGAAUUCGACACUCUUAUGUACUGGACCGACGACGAGCUGGCAGCGUUGGAGGCCAGCGCUGUCGUGAACAAGAUCGGGAAACAAAGCGCAAACGACAUGUUCGUCGAGCAGUUGAUCCCGGUGAUCAAGGAAUUCGCACCCAUCUUCUUUGCCGAUGAUGAACGUGCGUCGCAGAGGGCCGAGGAACUGCGCGAUGAGCGCAACCUCGCUUUGAUGCACCGCAUGGGAUCGCUGAUCAUGGCAUAUGCCUUUGACGUUGAGCCUUCGGUCUCACGCAAAGACGUCGACGAGGAGGGAUAUACAUCUGAGGAUGAAGAUGAGGCACUCCCGAAGGGCAUGGUGCCUCUGGCAGACAUGCUGAACGCUGACGCAGACCGUAACAAUGCCCGCUUGUUCUAUGAGGCCAACUCGUUAGAUAUGAGGGCUCUGAAGCCAAUCAGUGCCGGCGAGGAGAUUUUCAACGACUACGGGCCCCUUCCACGCUCCGAUUUGUUGCGGCGUUAUGGCUAUGUAACCGACAAUUAUGCCAAAUACGACGUUGCAGAGGUUUCCAUGGACCUAGUGACAGAUCUUGCGAUCUCAGCCGGCGUGCACUCGGAUUUGCGGAUUGAGUAUUUGGACGAACACGAGGUUGUUGACACUGGCUACGAUGUAUCUGCUAGCGAUCCCUUCAACUUGCAAGAGAGCCUUUCGCCUGAGCUUGUUGUGCUUGUCGAAACCCUUCUCCUGCCCGAUGAAGAAUUCGACCGUCUCAAGAAGAGGGACAAGCUGCCAAAAAUCGAGAAGAUGACUAGUAGAGGUGCUGAGUUCCUGCACAGACUGGUCCAGACCCGCCUCGCACAGUAUGCUGCAAGCCUCGACGACGAUGUCCGCGAGUCCCCUGAGGUGUCAAGUGUAAGCCAUCCAUCUUCUAAAGAGCAUCGACUGGCUAUGGCCAAGGCGGUGCGAAUGGGGGAGAAGCGGGUACUCGAGCAAGUUAAAGAAGCGUUGGCUGAAAAAGUUGCAAGAGAAGGAGGCGGCCUUAAAAGAGCCCGAGAGGUAGAUGGCGAAGGCGAUGUAGAAAUGGGUGGCACUGGAAAAAAACAAAGAGCAUGACCGACGCCUCCCAUCACACAAGGCUUGCACGGUAACAGCUAUAGGCCCACACCUGGUAGAUUGCGGUGAUGACGUGAGAGCAAAGUAGUGCAGUGGUAAGUUUUUAAUCUGUUUAUCUGUGGGCAUCCAAAGAUGCAGCCUGGCAUUGGAGAGACCAU